AAAACCCAAAUUAUGACAGACAAACUGAGUGAAAUAUCUAUGGCAGACAAUCUAAAAAUAAGCACAAUAAAAUAAAUAAAAGUAAAAGAACAAGUAUAAGAAUAAGUCAAAAAAAAUCCACUAAAUAUUAUUAAAUAAAUGCACACAUAUUAACAUUACAACUUUAACUGUCAAUAACUAAGGUUGUUUCUUAAAAGAAAACAAAAAUUAAACGGAAAAUUAAAACUUAAAGACAAAAAACUUUUCACAAAACAUGUCUACUACACAAGAUGCUAAGGAAUCCGACAGCUCAGCUACCACCUCACGCUGUGAAUCACCUGCUUUUCCCCUCAAGCAUCAGCACAGUUUUGAGGAACGUUAUGCUGCCAUUAUAAAUCAACAAAUUUUGGAAAAUACCAUUAAUAAAGAGGUUUUACAGCGGCAAGUGCAAGCUUUUUUCCCCUUUAGUCGUAGUGCUUCCAGGGAAUGUACAGAGGGUAAGAAAGUUCUGGAUAAAGGUUCAGAUUCUGAGGAAGAGGAGGAUCACGAUUUGGAAAGAAAAGUCUUGCAAAAAUUGGAUACUUUGGAUAUAAAGGAUAAAGAACUGACUUAAAGGAAACUGGCAGAAGUGUAUAUAAGUGAGAAAUUUAAAGAAGUGUAAAUACAAUAUUUUGUCAUUAAAAGAGUGUGCUAUCUUGGAAAAGCUUUAAGAAUUUGUGAUUUAUAAAGUUGGAAUUGGAAACUGCUUAAAAAUAUCAAGACAAUUUAUAACCAUUUUCUUAAAUUCUAGUUAUUUUUUAUUGUAAAGCUAAAAGAAACAAACAUUUACAUAAAACUAGUUUUAAUCGACAGAAAAACUUUGCAAUAAACUUUAACUGGAUGUUGAAAUAAAGGAAUUUAAAGAAAUUAAAUUAUUGGCAAUAAUUUUUUAGAAAUAAGUUUUCAUUAUACAUUUUAAAGCUUAA